GCACGAUCAUAUCACCUGAAAUUAAGUAACAUCAUAUCAUAUCCAUGGAAGAAAGUAAUGGAGACAGUACGAUUAACGUUCGAGUCCCGAUCGGCAAGAGCGACGUCGUUCCGGGAAAACCCGCAAACACCGGUCCGGUCAAGAAGUCCAACGUGGGCCGGUCGAGGAAAGGCUGCAUGAGGGGGAAGGGCGGCCCGGAAAACGCGCUCUGCACUUUCCGGGGCGUCCGGCAGCGGACCUGGGGCAAAUGGGUGGCCGAGAUCCGCGAGCCCAACCGCGGGGCCCGAGUCUGGCUCGGCACGUUCAACACCGCCCUCGAGGCGGCCCGAGCCUACGACGACGCGGCCCGAAGACUAUACGGGCCGUCCGCCAAACUCAACCUCCUCGACGACGCUUCCUCCCCCGGCUCCGCCACCGGCGGCGGCGCCGGAUUCAACAUCGGCGACGAGCACUACCUAUCCUCCUCCCCCGGCUCCUCCGCCACCGCCACCAGCGAAAUGUCGGAGGGGAAGGAGUGGUACGCGGAGGAGUGCUCGGUGCUGGACGAAGCCUCCGUUUUCCGGGACCGCGACGGCAAGUAUUUGCUGUGGGAGACGCCGGCGCCGAGCUUGCUAGACGAGGAAAACAAUAGAGGGUGGCCGGAGUUUCCCAAGGACAACAAUGGAUUCCAUUGCGCCGACGGAAGUCUUGUGACACGUGAGACGUACGCGUAUAUGUAAGUUCGUAUCACGUUAGAGAGAUGUAUAUAUAAGUCUUGUAUUGGACCUAUGUUACAUAAAACAGUGUAUAUAUAAGUUAUGUGA